CCAAUGCAAAGAAAGAGGAAGUAAGGCGGUGCUGAAAGCCCCUUGAGGCACAACACAGUCCUCAGUACGAAGAGAAGGGGAAGUGUAAGCACUAGCAGAGUUCUCAAAAACAAGUUAAUUCAUAAUUCCCUUCUAAACAGAGCCAUCACACGAUGACCCACGGCUGCCUCAAGUGUUUAAAGUACACCAUGUGUGUCGCCAACUUUCUUUGUUUUAUGUCUGGCGUGGCAGUGCUAGGCUUUGGCGUGUACAUGCUGAUGAACUUCAAACUGACUGCACUCACACCUUCCUUGGCCAACUUCAAUUUAGCCAACAUGUUGCUGAUCAGCGGCAUCAUCAUCUCGUGUGUUUCCUUCCUCGGCUUCCUGGGAGCUCUGAAGGAGAACCGCUGUCUCCUGCUGACGUUCUUCCUGAUGCUCUUCUUCCUGCUGCUGGUGCAGCUGACUGCUGCAUGCUUGCUUCUCCUCUACGAAAAAGAUAUUGCUGACUGGGGAGAGCGUGAUCUGAACGACGGUUUAAAGGAAGCAAAAGGGAAAAAUCCUGGGGAGUUCCGCAGUGAGUGGGAUCUGGUUCAGAAAACGUUUGAUUGCUGCGGGGUGUACAAUGUGUCAGACUGGGGAGACAAUGUGCCUGAAUCUUGCUGCCUUAAAGAUUGUACUGGGCCACCACAUACGCCACAAUACAGAUCGACGGGCUGUUUGGACAAACUGAGGACCUGGUUUGAAGAAAAUUUCCUAAGCACUGGGAUUUCCGUCAUUGUCCUCUGCAUUAUUGAGGUCUUGGGAAUGUGUUUCGCCAUGACACUGUUCUGCCACAUCAGCAGAUCUGGACUGGGCUACAAGUUGUAGAAGAGAGCAACAGGUUUUCGUUCAAAAGUUAGUUAUUGUUCAGUUAAGUUUUUAAAAUACGAAUGAAUUGGCUGAAUAAGAUUGUUCAUGAGUGACAAAAAACUAAACAAAAAAUCAUGACACUUCCUACACGUAGCUUUGAUUUUGCCCAGUUUAUUCAAUUCAAUAUAUUGUUCUUUCACAUUUAUGUCCAUCCAUUCUCUGUACCGCUUAUUGUCACAGAUCACAUUUACUGUAAAUGUACCUAAAAUAAAUCUCCAGUUUGUCUCCAAGCUGACACCAUUA